UCUGAUCCAACUGUGUCCUGGGGGCACUAUUAACUCAAGCAGUCUUCACUCACCAAAGCACUCCUGCAGCUCAGGUGUUAGUUCAAUCUCUGUUAUCCUCAAUCGGCAUCCCUGGGGAUGUGUGGAUGUGGGAGGAUGGAGGUGGCAAGUAGCUCUGUGUAAUUCCUUCCAGUUCCAGGCAACCAAAGUGAAGCACUGAAGUGUUUUCCCUAUAGUUAAGGGCCAUGUCACCUAAGCCCAUAACCGCUAUGGGUUGUGACAACUCUUAUGCGCAAGAUGAGAAGUCGGUCCCUCUCACCAGUAGUUUUGAUACAGAAGUAGAGCUUGACAGGCUCAUUACAAAUACACCAUUUAGAAGAGGCUGUUUGUUACCCUGGAUGCUGAGAUCUCACUAAUGCAUACAAGGCUAUAUCACCUCCAAAAGUGAUACAUAUAUAAUGAUAUGGUAGACUGGGCCCCAGCUCUAGGCUUUGUGAAGGGCUUAGAUUCCUCUAAGCAGGAGGGCACAUCUCACUUGAAAUAAAGCCCUGAAGUAGAAAGGAGACUACAGCACAUCAAAGCUGGGGAGUGCUGAGGGCUCUUGAAAGCUGCAGUUAUUUCAAGGUAGGAAGCCCUUUCCAUGGGAGUGGGUGCUUUCAGGGUCAAGCCCUUUGAGGGUUAUGACAUGGUUUUGUGGAACACUGGCUAUAAACCCCCCAAAAUAACUAUGCUACCCUAUAAAAUUGUUUGCUUCCAGAGUGCUUCACAGCCAAGCAGUGAUCAGUGUCUUUAUUUACUGUCUUAGAAUUCUACAUAUUUAUGCAGCUAAAGGUAUGAGGGCGUAUACAUUGGCAGCUGCAGAGCGCAUGAAAUUGUUGCAAAGACUUGAUGCCAAGGAACACAGAGGAAAGACCCCUCUGCUGGUGGCCGUCACUGCCCGGCAGCCAGCUAUUGUCUAUGAUUUGAUCCAGACAGGAGCAGAUGUCAACGCUGUAGACAACAAAGGGCAGUCAGCUUUACACCUUGCUGCAACAUAUGGGUACACCCAAGUUCUUCAGGUUAUACUGUCUCUAGGUUUCCCUCUUGAUUUAGAAAUGAAGGAUUUUGAAGGCCAUACCCCACUCCACUGUGCAGUGCUGGCCCACAACACCCUGCUCCGGGAGCAGGGAUGCCGGAUGUUGACAGAGGAGCAGCGGAAAGAUCUUCAGCACCAGAGCAGAGAGCUGGAGUCAUGUAUCCACCUCCUGGUGCAGACAGGAGCCUCCAUCUACAGCCGGGAUGUGAAAAGUAACAAGACAGUUCUUCAUUAUACAGUCCAGGAUGGGAACAUCUCCCUGCUCAGAUACUUCUUGGAGCUGAAUGCUUUCAAGUCCAAGGACUUUGUCAACAACAAGGCACAUGGCAACACAGCUUUGCAUAUGGCAGCUGCAUUGCCUCGUGACAAGCACCAGAAGGAGAUUGUCCAGUUGCUCCUUGACCAUGGGGCAGACCCAAGCAUCCGAAACUUAGACAAUGAUCAGCCAAUCCAUAUGGCUCCUUCUGGAAAAGCUGGGGAUCAGGUUAGGCAUUUGCUGAAGAAAGGGAAAGUUGCAUCCGCAUUCAUCUCCUGUCACCAAAAAGCCAGAGCCUAGGUUGCCUGCAAUUUCUGGGACAGCUCCACCUGAUUGCGCAAGGCCUCCUAGAAAAACUGUGGGGAUGGCUAAAUGACAUGUCCCUGCUCCUAGAGUCUUCAAACCAGGGUGGGGUGACAGCAUUUCUCAACCUGUGGACCACAAGUAACACAUAAGACGUCAAAAGACGAGCUUGUAAAUGGUUGAAAACAGUAACAAAGAAUACUAAUAAAUCCCAAGCAUUGCUUGCAAGCGAGGAGGCAAGCAAAACAAAUGGCUGCUACGUAAGUAAGGAAAUGUUUGACGUUCAGCCAACCUUUGAUUUGGUGGCAACUGAAACCCACAGUGGUGACAGAACACAAGAUGGUAGUUUGGCUGUAAAAGGUUGAGAAAUACUGCCCUAAGACAUGCUUGAACUGUGCCUCCUGUUAGGCCCUGUACAGAGGUACUGGUUGAAAUGCCAAAGCCUUGGUGAUGUGCAAUUACCUCCAUUGCUCCUGCUAGCCUGGGGAUGCAGGGGCUUGAGGUGAGGGAAAAGACUGGAUGGAAGAGGACAAGUCGGCCUGAGGGGUCAUCCAUGGCUGUAUUUCACCUGAGUGAAUGGUCAUCCCAACUCAAGAACCCCACAUGCCGGUUCCUGCAAGCUGCUACUACCCCAUUUCUUAGCACUUUGUUGAAGAAAGCUGAAGCAGCUGUCCAUUGCCAGAGUCUCUCACCCCACCCCAAGCAAAGAAAACAGAUGCUUGUAAGAGCAAGUACAUGGGGCAGGUUCUCAGGUUCGUGUGUCUCUUAAGUGUUUCCUAGUGAAGAGAUUCUGUUUUGAGACAUCUGAUGCAAUCCAAGUCUCCAGCUCUGCUGGCAAAGAAUAACUCUGGAAGCAGCUCAGAGUGCGGAGCUAAACCCUCACUUGAGCUAAUGCCUGUGUAGGAGGCAGAGGCUUCCUUUGGAUCCUUAAGAGCUUUUGGGCAUGGACAGGUUAGAAAAUCUCUGCAGGGUCAGAGUGCAGUGUGUCACAUACAGGAGGAAGAAUCUCUUUGUGUUGCUGAAAACCUGACACUCAUCUGGCUCCUAUGGAUGCUGCCAGGAGAGCAAGAAGAGCCACCUCUGCUGGAGCUCUGCAGGGUGAUCUGACCCUCUGGCUCCAGCCGGACCCACAGACAACAGCCUGGAUAAGGUGUUAUUCCCUAGGGGACGAGGGUCCCUUCCUGAAGGGGAUCUCGCUCCUUGCUGUGGGAAAAAUAACCUGCACAAAUGAGAGCAUGUGAGCAUGCUCCUGGACACGGUAAUAUGUACCCUGCUGGCCUCACGGCAUCCUCAUCUGCAUUUCACGGGCUGCUUUCAGGUGCUGAUUGGCUGCGUUGCCGGUUAUCUGGUAGCGCCUGCCUCAACCAAGGGCUGGAAAGACUCCGGGCUGUGGGAAAAAAUUGGGAAGGGGGUGGGCAGGGACGUGUGGAUGGGCUUCGUACCAACCUGGGUAAGGAGGAGACACAGACUCUGAAAACUGGAUGUUGUUGCUGCCCCAGGAAACCUGACCAAAGAGAAGGGAAGGAAAGGAAUUGUAUACACUGUAACACAGGGGAGCGUUUUUCUGCUUGUUGAGGUAAGUCAGGAUUUCGCUUCAACCUAUUUGUGUAAGGUUGUUUUACCUCACGGCUGUGACAUGGAAAACUUCCCUAGCAUUGACAAAACAAGAUUAACAUAUAUAACAUGAUUUUCCCCUGAGCCUGUAAGGGCACUGGAGGAGGACACCACCAACCUGCUGUAAAGCCACUGGCAACCUGGCUGGUGCAUUCUUCCUCCUGUGCUGUUACUAUUAAUUCAGCAGCUGCCUUUAAAACUAACCUGUAUUAAUUUCUAGGACCGUGACUUCCACACUGGAGGGAUCCCAAAGAAUUUGUAAGGAUAAUUUUGAUUGAAAAGGAGUAAUUAAAAAAGCAGUAAUUCUUGAAAAGUGGCUAAAGACAAUUGCAGGAAUCGCCAUGGCUGUGCUCAGUGUUGCUGUCGUUUGACAACCAGCUCUGACAUCCCUCCCCAGUGUAACGCAGCUACGUGCCUCUCUGAAGAUGGACAGCAUCAUUUUCAGAGGCAUGCUGGAAUGUGGAGCAGACAGAUCAAUCUGUUCUAGGAACCUGACCUGCUAGAGGGGGAGAAAUCCAGAAAAAAAGCAGUGGGAGUUUUGGUGCUUGUAGUUUGGGACCAGGAUUUUACUCUGCAAACACAAAUACUGUUGUGGUGUGGUUGGUUUCUGGUUGGGUACCCCCUCCCCCCCCCAGUUUUAAUUCAGACAAACUUCCACUUAAUUUUUCUUUAUUCAAAACACUUCCAAGUUAGUGGCUCAUUUCCCUAGCAACGGCUUCCUAGUACAUCCCUGUGCAUUUAAUUCAUUGAACAGCACGUAUUCUGGGCUGAAGUGUCUGUAGGACUACCCCUUUUCUCUUUGGCUGUGAAUGGGUAACAAGGCAGACAGUUAGGCCACUACCAGCAGAAGUUUUCAGGUUCAGCUUUUUUCAAUGCAGGGAGGCAGCUCAUCCUGCCAGCCCCAGCCCCUGGGGCCUCUCCAGAACAACGUGCACCUUCUGCAGAUCACAAAGGUAAACUCCUGCGUUGCCACUUUUCAUUCUUUCCUAUGUGGACUAAACAAGAGCUGUGUAAACUCACUGCGGGAAAUGAAAACCAGCUCCGCGCAGCCCUGUGCCACCUGCCUGCAGGGACGAGGCUGCUUCUGUUAGGGCUGGAGGGAAGGAGUGACCCCGCAUUUCCAAAGCCCAGCGCUUUUGUGUUCACCCAGGUCUCUCUGCACGUGGCUUGCGGGCUGAUGAGCUUUUUGUGCAAUCAGCUGCAACGAGGUGGGAGAUGAAAUCUAAACACCAUCCAAAGCUAUAAUGUCAUGAACCAGGAAGAAGUAAUGAGUUGCCAGCCUUUUUAUGCAAAUCCUUAGAGUGGCUGGAGCUAGAGGGCUCCCACAAAGACUGGAUAAGUGACAGAGAGUGUGCACGUGUGUGUGUGUGUACACACGCACAGAUCUCUAUUUCCUCCUGCGGCUAGGAGCUGCCCAGGGGGACUGAAAAAUGUUGGAGACAUGAAUUUUUCCCUGUGGGCCUUCCAACCCCAAGCAAGUUACAUUUCUGGAGCACCAGUUCUGCUUCCUCCCUGCACUGAUGGCUCAGACUGUCACCUGUUCAGAUCACUGUUGCACUAAGCCUGGUUGAAUAUUCCUCUUUCCCAUCCUCACCAGCCUGCUACGCUCAGACUUUGGCAGUCUCCUUGGCCCAGAGAUUAGUCUUAGUAAAAGAUUAAAAGAGACAAAGCAGACCGAAAGAUGUUUGACUUACUGCUGUGCUGGUUGCUGCUUGCCGUGCUCUUCUCUGCUGCAGUAGCUCCUUCACUGUAAUUUUUACUCUAACACCUUGAUACACCUUAGGCUUUCCUGGAAGAAAAACAUUUGACAAGAUAGGAGACCUUCAGAGCACACAGCAAGCCCAGAGUGUUCUCAGGCAUGGUCUACGUGGAGUCUGCUUAAACAGAUGAUUAACUGAUCACUGUUAAGUCGUUUAUAAUCACAGAAUAGCCCUCUUCGACACCUGUUAGUCAAGGUCAUGACAAGCAGGUCUCCUAAUUGCAAGCUCCAUUUGGUGCUACUGUUGAAUUUGUUUAAAUUCCUAUCAUAUUUGGCACCCUAAGGACCUGAAAAUAAAUGUGAGAAGCACUUCAUCUGGCAGAUAAAGACCAGGAGUAAAACAAUGGAAAUAUGUGGGCAGUUAUUCAGAUGGCUAAACAAAACACAAAUAAAAUUACUGCUUUCAUGAAUCA